GCGCAGCAGCCACAGGGCGAGAGUACUUAUGUUGAGCACAGUCACGCAGGGAAACUUUUAUAGGCGAUUACUUGUUUAUAUAUUUGAUGCAUUUGCCGCAAAACAUCCUACAAAAUAAUAUUUGCCUCAACAACAAAUAUGUGUCGACUAAAUAAUAGCCUAAUGCGAAUUUACUGUCAAGUCUAAAAUAUAGGCUACUCGUAGAAUGUAAAAAAGCCUUCUGCCUUUCUGCAAGUCACAGGACAGAAUGGUUCAGUGUUUGUAUUGGUGUGGUCUAGUUAAAGCUCUCACAUGAUGAACUCUCUACCCCCUGUGAAAGGAGACAGGAUCAUCUGUGAACUCCCUUUGUACUUUACAAGGGACGCUGCAGUGCACACCAAAGAUGGCUUUAAUAUUACUGUUAGAGAGGCAUGUCAAGGACAGAAAACAGGGCUAAACGUAGCCAAGGUCAUUGUAGUUGGUGAUGUAGGAGUUGGGAAGACUUGUUUAAUAAACAGAUUCUGCAAAGACACUUUUGACAAGACGUACAAGGCGACUAUUGGAGUGGAUUUUGAGAUGGAGAGAUUUGAGGUCCUCGGGGUGCCCUUCAAUUUGCAGUUGUGGGACACAGCAGGUCAAGAAAGAUUUAGAUGCAUUGCAUCCACAUACUACAGAGGAGCUCAAGCCAUCAUCGUUGUGUUUGACCUGAGCAAUUAUAACUCUUUGGAUAAUGCGAGAGAGUGGCUUGAAGAUGCCAUGCGAGACAAUGACCCUUCUAGUGUUCUCCUCUUCCUCGUGGGAACCAAGAAGGAUCUUAGUCACCCAGAUCAGUUGGCCCAAAUGGAGCAAGAGGCUGUUAAACUUUCUGAGGAGAUCAGAGCAGAAUAUUGGGCCGUCUCUGCCCUGUCAGGGGACAGUGUGAGAGACUUCUUCCUCCGAGUCGCAUCACUUACAUUUGAGGCGACUGUAUUAUCUGAGCUGGAGAGGAACAAUUCUAGACAAGUUGGUGAUAUUGUCAAAAUUUCUAAUAAUUGUAACGAAAAUUUUAAGAAGAGGCAAUCAAACUGCUGUCAUUGACUGAACGUAUGCAGCAUGUUUCAGUGGAUCUGAUCAAAUGGGAAUAAACGUGACCCUUGAAUACAAACAUUGGGAUGAUGUCCCAUAAUGCCCUGACACAAAUCUCUGGGUGAAAGAAGAAAAUAAUACAAACAGAAGACUUGGCCAGUGAGAAAAUGAGGGAAUCUCAACAAGAAUCCAUCUGAAAGUACUUACAGAUGUAUUAAUGAAUGCAAUGAAGUUCCACUUGUUUUAAUUAUGAAUCUACUACUUUUACUACAUUUUCUGCAUCAUUGUAUUACAUGGUUAUGUGGAUACACAGUUUGUCAUAGACUCUCAAAUAACCAGGAUUAAGUAUUAUUUUGUCUAUAAAUGUGUUAAUGUUUGUCCCAAGCAAUGCCAGAGAUAUAUAGAUAUUUAUCUACUCUAGGAUCUAUAAAUACUUGGUGUCAUUUACUGACAUUUAGUCUAUCAGUAUUACAUUAAAUGAUGCAAAUCCCUGUAAUUUAAUGGUAACGAGUUCUGCCUUCACGUUUCAUUUUUAUGAUAGCAAACAGCAGUGUUUAGUGCAGCGUACUUAAGAGGUCACAUUAAAUGCCCUCCUGGCAGUUCUGAGUGGA